AUGGCUAUGACACUGGCCGCACGAGUGGAUACCAGCAGGAGUAGUGGGCCGAAUACUGGCAACACCUUGACAGUCUUGCACAGUCUUGUGUCGACCGGUCUAAUCCCGCCAAGGAAGCGAGAAGACAGGCUGGGAAUGACGGCACUCGUCAUGGAUUCCGAUGCCGAUGCACUUAUCAUCAAUCUGCCCUUUUGCGCCCGUCAAACCCUGCUCGACACCCCUGAUGUUCGUAGCUGGGGUUCCUUAAUGCUCUUAUGUGCCGACUUCUCCCUUUCCACCCAAGAACAACAUCGACCAUCCGGCGUUGUUGGUAGUUCGGUGGGCGGCCUGGUCGUCCGUUUGUUGUUCUCAUCGCCUGUUGUGACCCAACAGUCUGUGGAGACCACAGGGGAUGUUUGCGUGGCUGGUCAUGUCAUUGGUGGCAAUAACACACAACUCCGCAAUCAAUUGAUUGCAGGACCGCCUGCACUACUCCACGAAGCCGUCUGA